AUGGUUGCCAUGGUGACGGACGCCGUCAAGUCAGUCAAUCUGGACUUUGACGCCCGUGUCCCCAUUCCCUUCAGUGUCUUCCCGUCGUCGUACCGGAGUGACGCUGUCUCUGAAACUACUCAAACGAGAGUAGAGGGAGAAGUCAAUCUCGAAGCCACUUCGCGCGUCGAACGGGAAGAUACUCGAGGCUCUUCGGCUCAGCUCCCCAACCCUCGUUUCUACGGAAAAGAAGAGGUUGAUCUGCGUGUGCAACAAGACGACCGCCGUUCGCCCCGAAACUACUCCGCUGAGGUUGACCUCACCCCAGUCCACCACCCGCUACGAGGACCGCCCCCCGUCUACGAUCAGACCGUCGAGACCCAACUCGACCUCACUGAGAGAGACUACCGCCGCCGGACCUCUCCCACCUACGACCUCGACGUCUCCUACGACCGUCGCUACCAGCCCGUAGAGUCCUACGGCAACCAGCAGCAACAGUCCGUCGACGUCUCGUACGACCGGACCUACGGCCAGCAGCAGCCCGUCUCCACGGACAUCCGCGUCUCCGAAACCACCCGCGACUCCGCCGCCCCAGCAUCCAACAAGAUGGGUUACUACGACGACGAGGGCCACUACCACUCCUUCCGCCGCGGCGUCGAGCGUGCCGCCGACCGGAUCAUGCACCCGUUCCACCACCACGACCGCGAGGAGGUUGUGGUAAACGAGCAGGCCGGCCCAGCGCGCUUCAGCGAGUCCAUCCGCGAAGACGUGCGCAUCGUCGAGCCCCGUAACCGCGGCUCCAUCGGCGAGACCGUCCCUAUUCCCUGCCACUUCAUCCGCAUUGGCGACAUCCUGAUCCUCCAGGGCCGUCCCUGCCAGGUCAUUCGCAUCUCCGUCUCCCCCCAGACGGGCCAGCACCGCUACCUGGGCGUUGACCUCUUCACUCGCCAGCUGCAGGAGGAGUCGAGCUUCGUCUCCAACCCCUCUCCCUCGGUGGUUGUCCAGACCAUGCUCGGCCCCGUCUACAAGACCUACCGCAUCCUGGACCUCCGUGAGGAUGGCCGUCUCGUCGCUAUGACCGAGACCGGCGAUGUCAAGCAGGGUCUCCCCGUUAUCCCUCAGGGCUCGCUCUUCAAGCGCAUCCGCGACGCCUUCGCUGAUGGCCGGGGCUCUGUCCGCGCCCUGGUCAUCAAUGACGGUGGCCGCGAGCUCGUCGUCGACUUCAAGGUUAUCCACGGCUCCCGCCUGUAA